AAAGUGGAAGGAUUUGAGGAAAAGACUUGCGAGGCGGUUGACGGUCACUCGCUGCCGCCUAAUUUUCCUGUCACCGUUGAAGAUAGCAAGAUCGACGGAGAGGAGCUGUUCAUACCUCUGAAUUUCGCCAUGGUUGAUAAUGGAGUUUUUAGGUCUGGUUUCCCUGAUUCCGAUAAUUUCAGGUUCUUGCAAGCUCUAGGGCACCGUUCUAUUACAAAUCUUUGCCCUGAGACAUAUCCGGAAGCCAGCAACAAGUUUUUAAAGGCUAAUGGAAUCAAGCUUUUCCAAUUCGGUAUCGAUGGAUUCAAGGAACCUUUUGUAAACAUUCCGGAGGAAACAAUCCGGGAAGCAUUGAAUGUCGUCCUCGAUGUAAAGAACCGUCCGGUGCUAAUCCAUUGUAAACGAGGAAAGCAGCGUACUGGUUGUGUCGUGGGAAGCUUAAGAAAAUUGCAGAGAUGGUGCCUGUCUUCGUUUUUUGACGAGUACCAGCGUUUUACCGCUGCAAAAGCAAGGGUGUCUGACCAGCGGUUCAUUGAGAGGUUCGACAUUUCCAGCAUGAAGAACAUACCGACAGCGUUUUCAUGUUCAAAGAGGUAG